AUGGAUCUUGAAGCAAUGAAUCAACCAUCCACUGUAUUAACACUUGGAAACAAUGGAACCCAAUCCACAACCGCUGCGGUGAUGAGAGACGACGUGUUUUUGAAGCCUUGGGUGAAACGCAAAUGCUCCCGACGUAGCGGUUCUCCUAACUAUUCUCAAAUGUGUUCUUCCUUGGCCGGAUCUUCUUCUGAACCAGAGGAGCCGGAUCUUACUGAAACAGAAAUCAGCACCGCUGCAGUCAGAAGAGGCGAGCAAACUGUUGUACAAGUGUGGCAUUUUGGAAAGGCAUUUGUUUCUCACCAGGCAUUAGGCGGACAUAAAGGCAGUCAUCGUAUUAACCAACCAGAAAAUGUAUCAUCGCUUAAGAGAGGCGAGGAGCCGAGAUUGAUGAAUUCAACGAUUCAAAACCUUCUUCGAAAGGGGAAGAGUUACAAGUGUUCCAUCUGCUCUCGAGUGUUUCUCACUGGACAAGCCCUAGGUGGUCACAAACGAUUUCACUACGGAACAAAUUCCGAAGACAGGGAUGGAAGGAAAUUUACUAAGCUGUGUGGAGACGACUUGAUCGCGCAUGCGGAAAAUCGAAGAAACGUCGGCCUAAUCAAUCUUAACCUCCCACCAUUACCAGACCUUGACUAA